AUUCUUCCACAUACUUUAGUUUAGAGUUUUACCUUUGUGCAGUGUUUUGUUUAUAAACAAAUAAAAUAAAUAUGGCCGCUGUGAAUGUGUUUUCGACGUCAAUGACGACGGGUAACUUAAGUCGACAGGAACUUGUGGCUUGGGUGAAUGACAGCUUGGAGUUGAAUAUUUCGAAGAUUGAACACCUUUGUACAGGAGCUGUGUAUUGCCAAUUCAUGAACAUGCUGUUUGGAAACAAGAUGCAUAUGAAGAAAGUUAAGUGGGGAUCCAAACUUGAACACGAAUACAUCGCUAACUUUAAACUUCUACAAGAUUGUUUCCUCAAGACCGGAGUUGAUAAAGUUGUCCCCAUUGAAAAGUUGGUGAAAGGAAGAUUCCAGGAUAAUUUUGAAUUCGUUCAAUGGUUUAAAAAAUUCUUUGAUGCAAAUUAUCAGGGCCAGGAUUAUGAUGCGAAAUACAUGCGUGGUGGAGCGGGGUUGGCUGUUAGUGGAGGAGCUAAAUCUCAGUUUAAACCACGUGUGGAAACUAAACGAACCGCAGCUCCAAAUAUCUCAGUAAAACCAGUGAAGCAUGACUCGACGGGGAGCAGUGGUGCCAAACCAAGUGUAUCGGACAUAGAAACUAACGGUCACAAUUCUGAAUCGGACAUCACUGAAAACCCACGCUCUUCAGCAUCUUCACGAACGACCGUCGCGCCUCAACGAAUCCCUUCUGCUUCAUCGGCCGCAACCAAUCAGGAGCUUUCAGCGCUCCGUCUAGAACUUGAGGAACAAAAAGAACAGAACCGUGAGUUCCAGUCAUCAGUGGAAGCACUGGAGAAAGAGCGAGAUUUUUACUUCGGAAAACUCCGCGAUAUUGAGAUGAUAUGUCAGGAGGUUGAACAGCAGGAGGAGAUGGGCGAAGAUGUGAAACUACCGUUCAAUAAAAUCACUACUGUGUUAUACGCUACUGAGGGCCAUUGGUCCAAUGAGGCAGAUGAGCUGAGUCAUCAUAAUGAGGGAAUGAGUCAGCUAAAAGUUGGAGAAAAUGCCGAGUCAGAAACUUUCUAAGAAGGUUUCGAGGCCCCCGAGGAUGAUUUGGACGGCAACCCUGAAGACGAAUAUUGAUCUGGCAACACUGCUGCUUUUUUCCAUCUGGAAUCACUGCAUAUUUCCGGGUUCCUGUAAUUUUAGAACAAAAAUUAGCGAAAAUAAUCGAUUAGUUUUGUAGCCAAACUAAUUCCUAUUUCAGCAUGAUGGCGCAAUAAUGGUGUCUGUUAUGUUCCAUUGUCUUCGACACGCCUGGUCGGUCACGCAUGUUUGUGGUUUCUAUGUUGUACUAUCGUUCAUAGAAACUCUGGUAUUUUUCCCAAUGUUUGUUUGUUACCCAACAAUGUUAAUAAAAUGUUUCUUUGUUACAAA